AUAAACUUGCAACACGGUCGCAUGCAGCACAUUCAACACGCAACACUCGACGCAAGAUGAGCAUCAGCACAUUUAACUUUCAGUUCUACAAUUACAAGCUGCCUGCCGCGAUGCCGCAGCUGAAUGCGGCCAACAGCUUCAGCGAGCUGGAAAUGGACAUUGACGAGGAGGAGGAGCAGCAGCUGCAGCAGACGCCGCCGCCGAUUACAUCCACCCCAUUGCCAGCGCCGCUCGCCAAGCCCCGUUACACCAGCGCGCUGUCUUUGGCAGUCGGCAGUCCCGAUGUCAGCAAAACGCCAACGCCAUCGCUGCGUCCGCAGCUGCAUCGACCGCAGAAGCGCUGGUCCAUGGAAUUGCGUGAAAAAGUCCUGGAAAUGUCCAAGCGCAACAAUGCCUCCGAUGAGAAGCUGUCGUCGCCACCGCAGCCGCAGUCGCAGCCGCAGCCACAGCCGCUGUCAGCGGAUUGCAAUGCCACAUUCUGCGCCAGCAGCGAGCAGCCCGAUGAGCCCGCAGCGGUGAUCACGCGCAGCGUCAGCGACAAAAUCAACUUCUUCAACAGGCUAACCAACACCUACGAAUCGUCCAGUGGCCACUGCUCGAGCAAGAACAGCAAUCACUUCAUAUCGCUGCUGCGAUCGAGCCGCCCACAGGGCGUGGCCACCAUGGGCAGCAAUGGUGUGGUGCCGCCGCCAAAGCCCAAGCGUCUGGGCAGCACACCCUCGACGCCCAACAACACAGCGGCGCAACAUUCGCUGUUUGCCACGCCCACUGCCAAACCGCCCAGCAACGGAGGCAGCAGCAUACAACGAAAGAGCUCGCUGCGCCGCAAGCCCUCAGUGGAGAAAUCCCGAGCCACCAUUGCCCGACAGAAUUCAAAUGCAACGCUGCGACCGCAACGACAUGCCAUGAUGGAGGACCUGAGCCUCGUAGUGCCCGUCCGGCUACGCAUUGCCGAGUACGAGCAGCGCAUCUCGAUGAGUGCAUAGUGCACAGGAAUGAAGCCAAUGACGCCACGCCCUACAUCCCCCCACACCCAUCUGAGUCUAUGGCAUGUUGGAUGGACGGGUCAAACUAGU